CGUAGCAAUCGCCAAUUUGAUUCCCACCCUUUUCCGUUCGUCUUCUUCCACCCCUCUGCAACCAAUGAACAAAACCGCCAUGAGCUCGCCGGAGACUGACAACAUUCCGGUCGAAGUGACCUCCAUUCUCGAUUAUCUUGUAGCCUACCACUCCGAUCAGCUCCGCUCCAUUGCGCUCUCUCCGGACCCUAAGUUCCACUAUCCUCUCUUUGUCGAGUUUGCGGAGCUUUUGGAUGCCGAUCCUGCACUUGCCCACAACGUCUACUACAAACCUGAUAAAUACUUGAGAUUCUUCGAUUAUGCCGCUGUUUUAGCUCAGAAAGAAGUAUUAAGGGAUUCCAUUUUUCAUGGGAAAGGGGUUGAGAAGAAAUUCAUUCAUGUUCGUUUCAACGUCAGUGGUUCUCCACUUGAAUCCCCUGAGGCUUUCCCAAGUAUUGGGCGUGUGAGAGUGAAGCACAGGAAGAUCCUUCUUACACUUAAGGGCACUGUAAUUCGUUCUGGAGCAGUGAAGAUGUAUGAAGGGGAGAGAACAUACAUUUGCAAGAAAUGCAAGCACAUGUUUCCUGUUCACCCUGAGCUUGAAACAAGGAACUCAAUAACACUGCCAUCAAUCUGUCCAUCUCAGGUUUAUUAUGUACCCUGCUCUAGAGUCUCAAAUUUUCAGAGGUCCGUACCUUGUCAAGGAACUAACUUCCAGAAUGUAGCAAAUACUACAGUGUGCCAUGAUUAUCAGGAAAUCAAAAUCCAAGAAAGUACGCAGGUGUUGGGUGUUGGGGUCAUUCCUCGUUCCAUUUUAGUCAUACUGAUGGACGAUCUUGUUGACAUCGUUAAAGCUGGAGAUGAUGUCAUUGUUACAGGGGUAUUGACUGCAAAAUGGUCUCCUGACUUAAAAGAUGUGCGCUGUGACCUUGAUCCUGUAUUAAUUGCUAAUCAUGUAAGGAGAACUAAUGAGCUGAAAUCAGAUAUUGAUAUUCCUAUUGACAUUAUUUUGAAAUUCAAUCAGUUCUGGGCGGACUUUAAAGACACCCCUUUAAAAGGGAGAAAUGCUAUUCUACAAGGUAUUUGCCCACAAGUUUUUGGACUCUUCACUGUGAAGCUUGCAGUUGCAUUAACACUUAUUGGAGGUGUGCAACAUGUUGAUGCUUCUGGGACAAAGGUUCGAGGAGAGUCUCACUUGCUUCUGGUUGGUGAUCCAGGUACAGGGAAGUCUCAAUUCUUAAAAUUUGCCGCAAAGUUGAGCAAUCGAUCUGUAAUCACAACUGGCUUGGGAAGUACAAGUGCUGGACUGACUGUUACUGCCGUCAAGGAUGGAGGAGAGUGGAUGUUAGAAGCUGGAGCACUUGUUUUGGCAGAUGGAGGACUUUGCUGCAUUGAUGAAUUUGAUAGCAUGAGGGAACAUGACAGGGCCACCAUACACGAAGCAAUGGAGCAGCAGACUAUUAGUGUUGCCAAGGCUGGCCUUGUGACAACUCUUAGUACCCGGACAAUCGUAUUUGGUGCAACAAAUCCUAAAGGACAUUAUGAUCCUGAUCAACCUCUCUCUGUCAAUACGACUCUCUCUGGUCCCUUGCUGAGCAGAUUUGAUAUAGUCCUUGUCCUCUUAGAUACAAAGAACCCUGAGUGGGAUGCGGUUGUUUCAUCUCACAUUCUUGCUGAGGGAGAAAACAAGAGAGGUGAACCGGAUGAAGAUUGGGCACAAUUCUGGUCACUUCCUAUGCUUCGGAGGUAUAUUCACUACGUGAAAGGACAUUUUAAACCAUCAUUAACAAAAGAGGCUGAAAAGGUUAUCUCAAGCUAUUAUCAACUUCAAAGAAGAUCUGCCAUGCAGAAUGCAGCAAGAACAACCGUGCGCAUGCUGGAAAGUCUGAUACGCCUGGGGCAAGCACAUGCUAGACUUAUGUUCAGAAAUGAGGUCACUAAAUUAGAUGCCAUAACAGCCAUCUUAUGCGUUGAAUCAUCCAUGACUACCUCAGCCAUUGUGGACAGCAUUGGGAAUGCAUUACACUCCAAUUUCACUGAGAAGCCUGAUCAGGAAUAUGCCAAACAGGAACAGCUAAUCCUUGAAAAGCUGAGAUCGGUAGAUGAAUUCCCUGACUUGAACAGUAUGGAAGGAUUUUAAGGAUGGUUAAAAAGUGUACAGUGGACAUGUCAUUGAUUUGAGCUCCUCUUUUUGGGUUGCUGCUCACUGCAAGCAUUUAGUCAUAGAAACUUAACCUUUUCACUCUUGUUGCUUACAAGGUACAUGCCAUCUAAUAUGUAAAAUUCUUCUGCAAUUCUCAGAAGAUUAGUUAUUGUCUAGCUUUGAAGAAUGGUGUAUAUGCAGUUUGAGAGUUCUGUACUAGACCUUCAUCUAUGAGUAUUUUGUGCAUUCAUGUUCAGAUUAC